CCGCGGGGGCGGCGCGUGGAUGGAUCCGCGCGUGGCCUGGAUCCAGCCCGAGCAGAAGGGGCCGGCCAAUGCCCUGUGGAUGCAGAUCUGGGAGACCUCGCAGGGCGUGGGCCGCGGCGGCGCCGGCUUCGCGCCCUACUUCUGCCUCAACUCGCCGGCGCUGGACACGGCCGGGGCGGCGGGCGCGGCGGCGGGGCCGGCCGGAGCGAGCCCCGCGGGGAGCGGCGGCCCCGCGCCGCCCGCCGCCUCGCCCCCGCCGCCCGCCGCCGCCGCGCCCGCCGCGCCGCGCCCGCCGCCGGGGCCCGAGGGCGCGCCGCGCCUGCACAAGUCGCCGUCGCUGUCGUCGUCGUCCUCGUCCUCGUCCAACGCCGAGUCGGGCACCGAGAGCCCCGGCUGCUCCUCCUCGUCCUCGAGCGGCGGCCGGGCGGCCGGAGGGGGCGGCCGCGGCGGCGCCUUCUUCCACUUCGCCGACGGCGCGCCCAGCGGGCCCGGCGCGGCCAACGGGCACCCCGGGCACCCCGGGCCGCGCGGCCCCGCGCCCGCCGGCUCGCCGCCGCAGCACCAGUUCCACCCGGGCCGGCGGAAACGGGAGAACAAGGCCAGCACCUACGGCCUCAACUACCUGCUGUCGGGCAGCCGCGCGGCCGCGCUGAGCGGAGGGGGCGGCCCCGGGGCGCAGGCGCCGCGGCCCGGCACGCCGUGGAAGAGCCGCGCCUACAGCCCGGGCAUCCAGGGACUUCAUGAGGAAAUCAUUGACUUUUAUAACUUCAUGUCCCCUUGUCCUGAAGAAGCAGCCAUGAGAAGGGAGGUGGUGAAGCGGAUCGAGACUGUGGUGAAGGAUCUCUGGCCGACAGCUGAAGUGCAGAUAUUUGGCAGCUUUAGCACAGGUCUUUACCUUCCGACCAGUGACAUCGAUCUGGUGGUGUUUGGAAAGUGGGAGCGUCCUCCUUUACAGCUGUUGGAACAGGCCCUGCGAAAGCACAAUGUAGCGGAGCCGUGUUCUAUCAAGGUCCUUGACAAAGCCACAGUACCAAUAAUAAAACUUACGGAUCAGGAGACUGAAGUUAAAGUGGACAUCAGCUUCAACAUGGAGACUGGUGUCCGGGCAGCAGAGUUCAUCAAAAACUACAUGAAGAAAUAUUCAUUGCUGCCUUACUUGAUUUUAGUAUUGAAACAGUUCCUGCUUCAGAGGGACCUGAAUGAAGUUUUUACAGGGGGAAUCAGCUCGUACAGCCUCAUUCUCAUGGCCAUCAGCUUCCUCCAGCUGCAUCCACGAAUCGACGCCCGGAGAGCUGACGAGAACCUGGGGAUGCUUCUCGUAGAAUUUUUUGAACUCUACGGAAGAAAUUUUAAUUACUUGAAAACUGGUAUUAGGAUAAAAGAAGGAGGUGCCUAUAUCGCCAAAGAAGAGAUCAUGAAAGCCAUGACCAGUGGGUACAGACCGUCGAUGCUGUGCAUUGAGGACCCCCUGCUGCCUGGAAAUGAUGUUGGCCGGAGCUCCUACGGGGCGAUGCAGGUGAAGCAGGUAUUCGACUAUGCCUACAUUGUGCUCAGUCACGCCGUGUCGCCACUCGCAAGAUCCUACCCCAACCGAGAUUCGGAAAGUACUUUAGGAAGGAUCAUCAAAGUCACUCAGGAAGUGAUCGACUACCGCCGGUGGAUCAAGGAGAAGUGGGGCGGCAGAGCCCACCCGACACCAGAGCUCGACAACAGGAUUCAGAUAACAGAGCGGAUAGCCUUGUGCGGCGGGGAGCAGGCCCAGCCCGGGGAGCCAGGCUCGCCCUGCGGCCAGCGUCUGACGCUGUCUCUGUCCAGCCCCCAGCUCCUCUCCUCCGGCUCCUCUGCAUCCUCCGUGUCCUCACUCUCCGGGAGCGACAUUGAUUCGGACACGCCACCCUGUACCACACCCAGUGUUUACCAAUUCAGUCUACAAGCACCGACCCCUCUGAUGGCCAGCUUACCCGCUGCCCUGCCGAUGCCCAGUGGCAAAUCUCAGUCCACACCUUCCAGAACGUUGAUCAUGACAACCAACAAUCAGACCAGGUUCACCAUCCCAGCGCCGACCCUCGGGGUGGCCGCUGUUCCUUGCAGACAAGCUGGCAUCGAGGGGACAACGUCACUGAAAGGUGUCCACCACUCAUCAUCCCCAGCCGUCCCUUCUGCGUCCCCCACCCCACUGUCCAGCCCGCAUCUGUAUCAUAAGCAGCACAGCGGCAUGAAGCUGUCCAUGAAAGGCUCUCACGGCCACGCUCCAGGCGGCAGCUACGGCUCCGUGGGCAGCGGCGGCGUGCGCCCCCCUGUGGGCAACCGGGGCCACCACCAGUACAACCGCACCGGCUGGAGGAGGAAGAAACACACGCACACGCGGGACAGCCUGCCGGUGAGCCUCAGCAGAUAGUGGCUCUGCUGCGCCUGCGUCCCAGCCUACCUGCGGCCUCGGCGCCGCGGGGCCCCACCAGCCCGGUCACUCUGCAUGUCUGCCUGUGUGCUGGUCGCGUCGGCUCCCGGGAGCGACGUGUGCUCAUCCGUGCGGCCUUAGCGGCGUGGGCGUCUGCUGCUGUCCCGGAUCCGCCGCGCUGCGCCGGGCAGGUGGGCGGCUGUGUGUCUUCAUCUCGCGUGGGUCAGAGCCACCGAGGAGAGCAAGCCCGUUGCCAUGUCACGCCCACUGAUGGGCCGGAGGUCGUCGUUUCACUGCCCUCGUGUUUGGUUUGAAGCUUCGGAACUGUUUUUCUGUGUAAAUAUUGAAAACUUAUGAUUUGUGCAAUAACUCAGAUAUUUUUUAUUUAAUUUCGUAUUUUCACAUAAGUUAUAUUUAAGGGAGGAGGGAUUUUUUUUAAACAAGCUUAGAUCCUUUCCCAAGUUGCAUUUCCUAAGUUGGGUUCAUCCAUCGUGUCCGCUGUUGUCAGAGGGGCGUGGUCACGAGCGCUGUGCUGGGGGCUAGGGGCGUCAGUUUCAUGUUUUUGCUUUUGGUCAGUUGCGAGUGGAGGAGCUGGCAGCCUGGCGCCUCUGGGGGCCUCAGUCCCGGGGCCUGGGGCGUGCUGCCCGGCCUCGCUGUGGGUCCCAGCUCUUGGUGAGAUGCGAGUGGAGGAGCUGACAGCCUGGCGCCUCUGGGGGCCUCAGUCCCGGGACUGGGGCGUGCUGCCCGGCCUCGCUGUGGGUCCAGCUCUUGGGUCUUGCUCUGACUGUGAGUUCUGACAUUUUGGUUUUGUUCUUUUAAUCUUGACAACAAAUCCAGCAUUGAAAGUGCCAGAAGCAUAACUUUGUAAGGGGAGUAGUGUCACGGAAUUCCACCUGACGAGCACAUGGCCUUGGACACGCUUGAGCGAGUUUCAGGCCCAGCCUGUGAGGAGGGGCUGGCGAGUGGCAGCACAGACAGGGGUACCCAGUUUUAGGAAGUGGAGAAAGGAGUCGUGUUGAUUCCGUGAGGAAUCGGCGUGGCAGUAUGCCUGCGUUCUGUUAAGAGCAAAUCCACGAGAAGUGCCCCGGCCGCUGGGAGCGGCGCGGGAAGUGUCAGCCACACCGCGGGGGCGCCGGCGUGGCCUGAGAGCGACCCGCACCCACUGCGGAAGCCUGCAGGCUCACUAUGCAAGUGUGCUCCGCCACGGCCACCACUGUCCUCGUAGCCUUGUUUGGAACGUGAGCAAAUCCGUCCUGCCUAACCCUGAGUUUCCACAGCCCCGCGGUUGUCCCAGGGGUGGGUUGCGUCCUGUGGCCACCUGGCUUCCGUUUUCAACAUGGGCCUUUGGGCCCUGCUAAACACUACAGGGAGGUCGGUGUGUGACGCCCGCUCAUGGAGGUGUGGCAAGGAGGUGGCAGCUGUUUGUUGCGCAGCUGGGUCCUGGGUUGCUGAGUGCGGAUGGCCAGCAGGGAAGCUGAGCGGUGUCUGCUGUGCCUUCUCCAGGAGCCGCCCACUGCUGCUGCAGGCGCCCUGGAGGCCGUCGGCAGAGCGAUCGAGAGUUAUCCAGAAUAUUUAAAAAUAUUUAAAUUGUGAACCUAUCGAUAAGGAGUAUUUAUACAAACUGACCCGUAGGCCUGUACUAAUCUCCACGUUAGCAAUAUUGACUGUAACGCACAUUAAGGACGCCACUGCGGCGACGGCAGCGAGUGUCCCGUGGGGUGCACAUUUUAAAGCUCCAUUCAUAGAGCCGGUUCCAUGUUUGUGUCCGUCAUGGCGAACCAGAUGAAUUGGCCUGGCUGCCACUGUGGUCACACGCUACAGGUUCAACAAAAAAAUAUCAUGUUUCGAUUUUGUUUGUGUGUGGACAGCAAUGUGGAAGCUAAAAUUGACAUAUUUUUAUGUAAAGUUUUUCUAUUCUUUGAUUUUUAAUAAACUUUG